AUGCUCAAAGUCCGUGCUGCGUCCCGUGGCUCUACUAACUCUGCUAUCCGUUGUCGUCUCCAAUCUCCAAUCUCCUCCUCUUCUUCCUCUUCUAUACCCAUCGUGUCUGCCGUUAACACAGGCGCUGCGUUGCGCCGUUCACCUUCUCCUUCUCGCGCACCUUCUCCUCGUCGCCAGCUUUCUACCUCUUCUUCUUCUUCCUCUUCUUCCCCCCCAACAGCUUCUGUCACCGGAUUUCGUCCUUUGGCUCGCUGGAGCAGUGUCGCUGUAGUCGCUACUUCAAUUCUUUUGGCUGGCUCCUACCUCACCUUGGCCCCUCGCCGCGCUACCAUUUCUCUCGAGUCUUCAUCUCCAUUUUCUACUUCUGCUCCAUUCGGUCUCCCGCGUUCAUCCUCACAACAAAAUAAUAAACAACCAAUCACCAUGAUGACCCCUCUACAAGUAUCUGCACGACUCCGUGAACUUGAAGAAUCAUAUUUUGUCGAGCGUGGCAAGGGUGUGGUGCGUUAUGAUGUGUCCCAGUUACCCUCAAACUCUCCAAUUGAAGAUGACCGCUCGGAAAAAAUUGUUCAGGUCCCCCUUUUGACCGCUACCAGUGACAAGGCCGACUCCGAGGCAAAAGCUGUUUCCAGUGAUUGGAUGUUUUGGGGCGUUUAUGAUGGCCAUUCCGGUUGGACAACAUCAGCAAAACUUCGUGAUGCCCUUAUUGCCUAUGUUUUGUCUGAGCUCGACAAGACCUAUGUCAAAUCCACUCCUGACUCUAUCUACCGCCUUGUUCCAUCGCCCACUGCAAUUGACGAGGCAAUCCAAAACGGCUUUGUCCGUCUUGACAAUGAUAUUGUUCACAAAAGCAUUGAAAAACUCAUGGCUCAUCCAGACAAGGCUGGUGCCGCAGAAUACAUUGCUCCUGCUCUUUCGGGAUCCUGUGGCCUACUGGCCUUUUACGACACCUUUUCUAAUAACUUGCGUGUUGCUGUGACGGGCGAUUCACGCGCUGUUCUUGGUUCUGUAAAUGAACGCGGUGAGUGGACUGCGCGUGCUCUAAGUGUGGACCAAACCGGAUCAAACAUGGAAGAGGCUGCUAGAAUCCGCAAAGAGCAUCCUGGCGAAGAAUCCACUGUCAUUCGCAGAGGCCGUGUCCUAGGUAUGCUCGAACCUACUCGUGCGUUUGGUGAUGCCAGAUACAAAUGGACUCGUGACAUUCAAGAAAAAAUGGUGCGGUACUUUUUCGGGCGCCGUGUCCCGGCUGAUUUCCAUUCACCCCCAUAUGUUACUGCAAAACCUGUAGUCAGUACAGCCCACAUCACUCCGAAAGCCGGUGACUUUUUGGUCUUGGGAACUGAUGGUUUGUACGAAAUGCUGACGAAUGAGGAAAUUGUUGGCUUGGUUGUCCAAUGGCUGCACAAGAAAAAGCCAGAUUACUUUGAACAAGUUCAGGCUACAAUUAAAGAACGCACAGCAAGUAAAACUCUCUGGGGCCGCGUUUUUGGUACAGGAAGCAGUAGUAGCUUAAAGACCGACAGCAGCAGUAAUAGUGCAACUGAUGGAGCUUCUCCUGCUCCUGCCACUAAGGUCCCAGCCAGUGCUGGAACCAUCAUCAAGGCUGACCACUCUGAGUUGGCUGUCCAUGUACGUGAUAUUUCUCCCCACCCAGAAUCUCAAAAGCAAGUUUUCCGCCGCCAACCUGGAACAACUCCACGGUUCACAGUCGAGGACGAAAACAUUGCGACCCAUCUGGUACGCAAUGCCCUGGGUGGUGCCGAUAUCCAGCAGGUCUCAAUGCUUGUUUCUAUCCCAGCACCUAUCUCACGUUCUUACCGUGAUGAUCUAACAGUUACCGUCGUUCUGUUUGGCGAUGUUGGUGAGCCAAACGAUUCGGGUUCUGUGCGGGUCAAUGAAGAAGGUACCCGUAAGAACCUCAAGACUCAUAUUAAAUCGAAAUUGUAG